CUGAAGUCAGUGCGCCUGUAGGUCUGGGAAUGAGCGCAACUUUUACACACUUAUCUGUGUCGCGCCGCUGCUUCGCCUGUGUUGUACUGUCAUCUCACUGGGAGAGCGCACGCCGGAUUCUGCUUUCUGAGUCAAACUUGGCAUGGGUUCUUUGUCGGCCCUGAGGACCGUCCUAGUUUUGAACCUGGUUACGGCCCUCGCGGGAUGCGCCCCCGGUUUGAACGGGACAGCGGAGCGCUGGGAGGCCCUCUACUCCCGCUCUCUGGCACGUAUCCCGGGGGAAAAGCGGGAGGAGAUCAGUCGGGACGGAGACUACCUCCUAGGCAUUAAACGGUUGCGGCGCCUCUACUGCAACGUGGGGAUUGGUUUUCAUAUUCAAGUGUUACCCGACGGCAGAAUAACAGGAGUGCACAGCGAGAAUCGUUACAGUCUGCUACAGAUCUCUCCCGUGGAGAGAGGGGUGGUUACUCUGCUGGGUGUUCACAGUGGGCUCUUUGUGGCCAUGAACCGAAGAGGAAAACUUUAUGGAUCUUUACACUACAGCAACGAGUGCAAGUUCAGAGAGAAGCUCCUUGCCAACAACUAUAAUGCCUAUGAAUCGGCCGCCUACCCAAGGAUGUUCUUGGGCCUGAGUAAGAAUGGCAAAACAAAAAGAGGAAACAGAGUGUCACCAGCGAUGACAGUGACACAUUUCUUGCCAAGAAUCUAGUGAGCUGAUAAAUCUACUUCAAGACAAUAUGGGAGGGAGCCAAUCAGGAGAGGGCCGGGGGGAGGGGGGAGGUUUUCUCCAAGCUGUGAUGCACUUUCACUCCAAGCCUUUUGUAAGUGUAUCAUAUUUGAUAUUUUACUUUGUACAUAUUCAGUUUUUUAUUAAUGUUUAACAUCUGUUUUGUAUUUUUAUAGGAGUGGAUGUCUUUUCACUGAGGGACAGUCAAUAUUCUAGAAAUUUUAUUUAUGUUUUCAUUUCUUAUUUAUCAGACAUUUGCUGCUACUGAAUGAAACCCUGUCUUUCAAUGUAUUCUUUGCACAGAUGGAAAAAUGAUUACCUUUUUUUUCUUUUUUCUUUUAUUUUACCUUUAUUUAACCAGGAAAGUCCCAGUGAGAUUAAAAACCUCUUUUUCAAGGGAGUUCUGGUUAAGAGGCAGUAAAGUAACUAAUGUACUCUGGUGUAUGGCAUUAGUUACACAAUGCCAUGGCAUUAGUUAGCCAAUGCCAUACAAAUAAUUACUAAACAGUCACAAUUUAAGGAAGUCAUCUCUAGAUCUCUCAGUCUUGAUGUAAAGGUUUCAGUUAAAGAAGUUCUGUUAAUUUCCAGUUUUUGUUGGGGGGUUUUAAACGCCCAUUUCUGUUUGGGGAAAUAGAUCAGUGAUCUUGACUACCUGAUAUCUCAGCAGGUUUAUAUGUAUGACAUUGUUCAAUUGGGAUUGGUUUGAAUCAGAAUCUUCUCAGAACUGAAAUAAGAUGUGUGUCUUCGUGUGAGAAUGUGGCACUUAUUGCCCAACACUUCAAACCUUAUGCUUCUCCAUUUCACCUGAGGAAGACCUGGAGGUGUUCUGGAGACAUUGCCUUUAACUUAGAGCUUAGAUGGAUUCAUGUGCCAGCAUCAGAGACAAGUCCUCUUACUUACAGUUCAUUCUCUUUUCUUUAGCCUGAUAGCAUCAGAAAGACAACUCCAUCCUGGUGACACAUACCUACAGCGAUUCCUCUUUUUGAGAGUUUUACUCUAAUAUAGCACCUGCACUGUUACUGACUAUAACUGAAUUAGUUAAGCUCAUAAUGCUAACCAAAUAAUCAGCAUUAUUUUUCUCACUUUAAAAACUCUACUCUCCCAUGCAGACAUAUCUUACUAUCAAUGUACUAUAUUUGUUUUUAGUUUUUGCUGCAGUAAUUUUACAGAAGCUUACAGUUUAUUUGGGGCCUGCUGUCAGCAGAGCCUCUGACUAGAUAUGAUGUGGAAGCAUCAAACAAACCAAGCCUUUGAAUCUUGUAAAAAACAGAGCUGCACCACUCAGAGCCAGGAAGAGGGGCUUAGUGCUGUUAAUCAAGCUUAUGUCUAUGCUGCUAAAUGUGCUAAUGGCAGAAAAACAACUUUCCGUUAAAGGAAAUCUGUUAGCUGAUGUGUUUGGUGGCCAUGCUAACUAGCCUGAGAAUUCAUGACAGGCUCCAUUGUGGUGAAGCAGCUGUAGUGCAGCAGAAAGCAAAGGCGAGGGUGUGAGCAGCGAGCACACAAGACUUAUUGACAGCACUAACCUCCUCCUUCUGGCUGUGAUUGGUUGUUUCCGACCUAGCGUAUUUCUGCAGAUGGCUGUAGCAUCACAGGGAGAAGCAGAGCAGCUUGAUUUUUUUCACAGAUUAUCUGUCUCAUUUUAACUGGCCUUAAAAUGGCUGACACCAUGUCAGUGUCACCAUGUCACUGACAUGGUUUCAUAAGUUUCUUGUAAGGAAACUUAGAGCACACUAGAGGGAGAUUGAAAUAUCAUAAAUCAGGAGCUGGAUCAACUUUUUACUGUGAUGUAAUGACAUGACUUUCUCUGAGAGGGGAACAGCAUUAAAGCUCUGAAAGUGGAAAAGUGUUCUGUCCAGCAUAGCACCAGCACUAUAGGCUCAAGUUGGGCGAAAAGGAGCAUGUGUGGCUCUGGAGCCUAAUUGAAAUAGUAUCGUGUUACUGAGAGAGAGGGACAGAGAAGAAAGAGGGAAAUGGACAAGAGAGGAGGAGGGGAGAGUUAACCCCACAGUCUCCACUGUGUCUGUUUAUAGCACUGCCAGAGGGGUGAACUCUGAACUUUUCUGCCGUCAGUCUUAGUCAGAGCCCUGUGUCCAACAGUAGGGAGAGGAAUCCUCUUUGACAUGAUUUAAGUGGAAAAUUUGGGAGUUUAUAGGCAAGGUCAAAGAGCUGAAAUGCAACAGUCAAGUAAUAGCCUUGACCUGGGAUAAGACUAUUCUUAUUUCAAGCAAUGCAUUAUUGUCAGGCAGCUGUCAAACAGGAAAAAUUGCUCUGUAUCAUUAGAACAACUUUGCCGACUGGAAAAAUCUGCAAACUUGGUUUGUGUUGUUCGUAACUUUCCAUAAGAGCAUAUUAUACAAAAGGAAUGAUUUAUAAAUAUGAAGUUCAUUAAGAACUUAUAAUUGUCUUUUCCAUCCUAAUACCUCUAUCAUAUAAAUAUAGACACGCACACGUACACACACAGAGCAUUGUUGGUAGCACUCUGUUAAUGAAGGAAAAGCCCACAGUGGUUACUAAAAUAACUUGAAAUUGACAAAAGUAAUAGUUAAUAAAAAUGUUCUAAGAAUUAACCAGUGAAAUCAGACAUUCCUUUUGAAAUGCAAUUCAACAAAUGAAACAGACCAGAAUAAAACUGAUUUUACCUGUAACUUAAUAUUUUGUUGCUCAAUCUUUUGAGGCAAUCACUGCAAUCAAACCAUUUCUGUAACUAUCAGUGAGACUUAUGCACCUGACCACAGGUAUCCUGGUCCACUCCUCAUGGACAAACCGCCCCAGCUGCGGAAAGGGAAAGCCUUCUCCAGAUGUUUCAGCUCCACAGAUGUUCAACAGGAUUUAGAUCAGGGCUUAUAAAAGGCCAGUUCAGUAUAGUCCAAUGUUUUGCUCUGGGCCAUUUUUAGUCAGCUGUGUGUUUUGGGUCAUUAUCCUGUUGGAAGACCCAUGAGCAAGCUUUCUAACACUAGGCACCACGUUUCUCUCCGGAAUGCCUUGAUAAUCUUGAGAUUUCCUCAAACCUGCACAGACUCAAGUCAAAGCAGCCCCAGAGCAUAACACAGCCUCCUCCAUGUUUCCCCAGAGUUAUUUUUUUUGGCAAAGAGUUGAUGAGCCAGUUCCAGUUUUCUUCUGCUUACUGAGGACAUUCUACCAGAAACUUUGUAACUUGUCAACAUGAAUUGGGGGAAAUUCCAGUCUCACUUUUUAUGCUCGCUUUUCUUUUUGGUCGUCUCCCAUGAAGUCCACUUUGAUUCUAACAAUUAUGGAUUUGACACUGAUGUACCUUGGCCUUGGAGUUGACCUUUGAUUUCUUUGGAGGUUGUUCUGGGCUCCUUGGUUGCCGUCCUUAUCCUUCUCCUCAAUUUGUCAUAAAUGUUCCUCCAGAUUUCAGUAAAUUUUAAUUUUUAUCACUUUUGUCAGUUACAAGUUUUUCAUGGAGGACUGUGGGUUUUUAUGGAUAUUAACAGAGGUGUGCAUAUAUCUAUAUUUGUAUAUAUCUAUAGAUGGAUAGAUAGGGAGGCUAUAAUUAUAACAUAAAUUACUAUGUAGUUAAUAAAAAAAGCUCUUCGUUCCAAAGGAAUGUGAAAUUCAAUUUGAUAGUUUGAAAAAAUGAGUACAAAAUGAGUAUUUGUUCAGUACAAACAUCACACUAUUUACAGUCAGUGACAAUAAAACUGUUCCAAACAGCAGACAUCUUCAGAAACAUGCUACUGAUUUUUACCCCCACUUCACACCUGCUCAGCAGUUUAACUCUGACUGCUCCUCUGGUGGCUCUGAGGCGUAACAGCAGAGGGUUCAUUUCUGUAACUAUGCUUACAUAACAAACGAAAGGCAUUGAGGACAUUCUCAGAAAGAAAAGAAUUUUUGACAAAACACAACCCAUUAU